UAGCCUCUCGUUGCUUCAUGAUAGGAUCCAACAAUUUUAUUCUUUCAGCUCCGGUGACCUCUACAUUCUCUCCAGGACCUCCAACAACUCUGACCUCCACCCCCAGCUCUACAGUUGCAAGCAUGGGCCCAGCCCUGGUGCCAUUCACCCUUAAUUUCACCAUCACCAACCUGUUCUAUACCCCAGACAUGGGGCACAGAGGCUCCGCAAAGUUCAACUUCACUGAGAAGCCUCUGAAUCGCCUGCUUGGUCCUCUGUUCAAGAACACCAGUAUCGGCCCACUGUACUCUGGCUGCAGACUGACUCUGCUCAGGACUGAAAAGGAUGGGGCAGCAACUGGAGUGGAUGCCAUCUGCACCUACCAUCCUGACCCCAUGCAUCCCGGGCUGGACAGAGAAAAGUUGUACCAGGAGCUGAGUCAGCUGACUCAUGGAGUCACCCAGCUGGGCACCUACACCCUGGACCGUAAUAAGCUCUAUGUCAAUGGUUAUAAUGAACAUGGUCCAGAUGAGCCUCUUACAACUCCCGAACCAGCUACCAUGUUCCUGCCUACUUCAUCAUCACCUGUGCAACCAGAAUCCACCACAGCUAUGGGACACAACCUGAAGACCCUCACACUCAACUUCACCAUCUCCAACCUUCCAUAUUCAUCAGACAUGAGCAAUGGCUCAGCCAUGUUCAACUCCACCGAGAUGGUCCUGCAGCGCCUGCUUGGAUCGUUGUUCCAGAAGAGCAGCCUGGGCCCCUUCUACUCGGGUUGCAGACCAAUCUCCCUCAAACCUGAGAAGGAUGGUGCAGCCACCAGCAUGGAUGCCGUCUGCACCUACCACCCUGACCCCACGGGCCACAGGCUGGACAGAGAGCAGCUUUAUUGGGAGCUGAACCAGCUGACCAGUGGUGCCACCCAGAUGGGCUUCUACACCUUGGCCAAGGACAGCCUCUUCGUCAAUGGCUAUGCACCCCAGAGUUUAUCUAUCCAGAGCGAGUACCAGCUAAAUUUCCACAUCAUCAACUGGAACCUCAGCAACCCAGACCCCACGUCCUUAGAGUACAUUGCCCUGCUGAAGGACAUCCAGGACAAGGUCACAAAACUGUACAGAGGCAGCCAGCUACAAGACAGAUUCCACUCCUGCCUGGUCACCAACUUGACGUUGGAUCCCAUGUCGGUCAGCAUCAAGGCAUUGUUCUCCUCCAAUCUGGACUCCAGCGUGGUGAAGCAAGUGUUUCUAGGCAAGACCCUUAAUGCCUCAUCCUACUGGCUGGGUGCCACCUACCAGUUGACAGAUGUGCAUGUGACAGAAGUGGAGCCAUCAAUUCAUCUACCAACAGACCAACCAACAAUCAGUCCCAGCUUCCAGAACUUCCAGCUGAAUUUCACUGUCACCAACUUAAUCUAUUCCCAGGACAUAGCCCCAGGCACCCCCAAACACCAGCGGAACAAGAGAAAUAUUGAGGAUGCGCUCAACCAGCUCUUCCGAAACAGCAGCAUCAAGAAUUAUUUUUCUGACUGUCAAGUUUCAGCAUUCAGGUCUGAGGUCCCCAGCAACCACACUGGGGUAGAUGCUCAGUGUAACUUCUCACCAUUGGCUCAGAGACUGGACAGAGUUGCCAUCUAUGAGGAAUUCCUGCAGCUGACCAAGAAUGGUACCCAGCUGCAGAAUUUUAUCCUGGACAGGAAUAGUGUCCUUGUGGAUGGGUAUUCUCCCAACAGAAACAAUGUCUUGACUGAGAAUUCGGAUCUCCCCUUCUGGGCCAUCAUCCUCAUCUGUCUGGCAGGACUCCUGGGGCUCAUCAUAUGCCUGAUCUGCUGUUUCCUGGUCACUGUUUCCAGGCAGAAGGAGGAGGAAGACUGCGAGGCUCAGCAACAACGCCUGGGCUAUUACCUGCCACGCGUGGACCUGAGGAAGCUGCAGUGACAUCUGCUUGAGUCCCCUUUACCCAGUCAGGUUCCAAAGGAGCUUGGCCGGAACAGAAAUAAACCACA